UAAUGUAGAAAGUUCCGUUGCCACUGAAUCUUUUACUUCUUGUGCACCCUCUGAUCAUUCUGAUGAUGAGCCAGAAGAGACUCUUGCUGUUGAUGAAUCCCUCUUUCUGCGAAAUAUCACACUCUUCUAUCUUAAACUUCAGGCUAAACUACUGUUACCUGCUACUACAAUACAGACUAUUAUUGAGGGAUAUCAAGAUGUCCAUGAUAUUAGUCUGACAAAUUUGAUUAAUAACUUAAGUGACAAACUGACUGUCCUUGGAGUCCCAGACACCACAAUCAAUGACAUUAUGGUGGAACUCAGAAAAGAAGAUCUUCUCACUGCCUGUAACAGUGGGCCUUUGAGCACAGACCAGAAAAGAAAGACCGCUUUUAAAAAAUAUUUUAAUUAUGUUGAGCCUGUGCCUCUGUUGUUAGGUACCGAUGAUAAAGGUAGGGAAUCAUUUGCCCAGUAUGUACCUGUUCAAGAAACAUUGGCUACACUUUUUAAAAGCAAAUCUAUUCAAGAACAGUAUGCAGCAACACGUUCCCAGCCAUCAUCAGAGGGUCUUUUCCAGGACAUUAAGGAUGGGAAGGGAGCUCAGUGCAACCCUUUAUUUAAAAUGGAGCCAUCCUCGCUUGGUCUGAUACUCUAUCAGGAUGCGUUCGAAGUUGUCAAUCCACUUGGCUCUUCAAAAAAGAAACAUAAGAUUGUAGCAGUUUAUCUAACUCUGACAGAUAUUUUGCCUCAUAACAGAUCCACCACAGAUCAAAUGCAACUUGUUCUCUUGUGCAACGAGCAGGCAUUUAAAUAUUUUGGGAUAGACAAGGUAUUUGAGCCUCUCAUAAAAGACCUGAAAGCUCUUGAGGAGACUGGUGUUGUAAUAGGUGAUGGGCAAAUUGUCAAAGGUCGACUGUGUGCUAUCUCAGGUGACAAUUUAGGGUCUCACAGUAUCGGCGGUUUUGUUGAGAACUUUAGUAAGAGCCAUUACUUCUGCAGAUACUGUGAUUUAGAUAGAACUACUUUUCAGAACUCGCCACUAUUGUGUGGCAACACACGAACAGAACAGUCCUAUCGGAAUCAUCUGCAGGAAUUAGGCACCAGUGGAAGAAAUUCUGAGGUCGGCAUUAAAUCAGACUCUCCUUUUAACCAACUAUCCUUCUUUCACGUUUGCCAGCCUGGACUGCCCCCAUGUCUUGGGCAUGACCUGUUUGAAGGCAUUGUUUCGAGUGACCUUGCUUUGUUUAUUGGUUAUCUAGUUAAGAAUAAACAUUUUAGUUAUCUACAUCUCAACAGGUGCAUAGAUCAAUUCAAGUAUCAGGGGAGUGAUGCCCACGACAAACCAGCUGAUGUUUCACCAGGUAGCAAUAAACUUACUGGACAUGCCGCCCAGAACUGGUGUCUCCUUCGUUUGCUACCCCUACUGGUGGGAGAUAGGAUUAAGAAUCCAUGUGACGAUGCAGUUUGGCAACUUCUGCUGCAGCUUAGAGAAAUUGUAGAACUCAUUUGUGCACCAGCAAUCACAACAGAUCAGGUCGCUUAUCUUAAAAUACUCAUUGAGGACUACAUAUACUUUCGAAGACAGCUCUUUCCUGAUCAGUCCCUGAAGCCCAAACACCACUAUUUGCUUCAUUAUCCACAGCUCAUUACAGAGUUUGGCCCCCUAAUUCGCCUUUGGACUCUCAGGUUUGAGAGUAAGCACUCUUUCUUCAAGAGAUGUGCUAGAAAGUUGCACAAUUUCAAAAACAUCUGCAAGACAGUUGCCGAGCGACACCAGCUCUUCCAAGCCUAUUUGAGUGCCGGUGAAAUGUUCCAGCCAAGUGUGUUAUUUGAUAAGGGCACAGCAUUCUACGUAAAUGACUACAGUGACAAAAUCAGAAAGGCUGUGGUUGGUUUGAAUUUGGAAUUUAUAGAUACAGUAGCAUCUCAUGUAGUGACAGUGAAGGGCACUUCAUACAAAAAGGGCAUGUAUAUCUUGUUGGGGAAAACUGAAGAAGAAUUGGAGGUUGGCAAGAUAGAGCUGGUCAUUGUUCACCAUGGUUCUGUGUUCUUCAUCUCAGAAAAAUAUUUGUUUGUGAAAUUGAGUGACAUUGGGGUCUAUUGCGUAUUAGGGACAGCCCAAGAGGAGUUUGUUUGUGUGAGGCAUGAGGAUCUGCUUGAUUAUUAUCCUUUGCCAGCUUAUGAGAUGUGUGGUAUGCCAAUAAUCUCCCUCCAUCACUCGUUUGCAGAAACCUACUAAUACAAUGACUGCUGCAUCAGAGGAGAUCAGCAAGGCUGUCUUGGCUGCUCUUCCAGGGCUCCCCUCAGAUACCUUGGCAUCCUUGAUGACAGGCCUGGAGAGCCUUGGCGUGCAGAGCAGGGAGGACCUCUGCUAUUUGAAGGAAGAUGAUCUUCUGACCUACCUUCGUCCAGUCCAGUGCAGAAGGCUCAUUUGUGCCUUUACACCAAAAGGUUCUGUUAAUAUCUCCCAGGAGAGAGAGAUUCAGUUACACUAAAUAGAACAAAAGGUGGUACCAAAAGAAAAAGUGGUCACUGUUUAAAAUCCCUCUUCAGCCCCAUUUCUCCCUGGAAGUCCAGAUCCCUCCUCUGCCCUGUUUCCUCCUGGAAGUCGGGAAACCUCCUCAACACUGUGUUGCCCAGAUACACCCAGAACAUUCAACACCAGAGGACAACUUCUGCCAUCACCACACACACCAUGGCCCGUAAAUUUUAAAAUAAACUGGGAGAAAAUGCCGUCAGAGAUACAGUCAGCUAUCGCAAAUUCAACAAGACCAAAUCCAGCAGCGAGAAGAGCGAUGAUCAGAAGUGUUGUUGAUCAGAUGAGAGAGCACAAUGCAAACCCUAAAAGAGGGAUCUGUGCGCAGGUUGCCAA